CUUCUCUUCUAUUUGCACACUAUUCCAGUUCGUUCGCUCAAAUGACAGACAAUUUGGGAACAGAUCAAAAAGCUCAACCAUCUAGUGAAGGCGCUCCAAGUAAUGAGCCCUCCCCAAUGGCUGUUGAUACACCAGCAACUGAUCAAAGUAAAAUGGAACUUGAUGGAGAGCAGGCGGCUCAAGUUCAAAAAUUCUUAGCUGCGCCAGUUAAUUGCAAAUUAUUUGUUGAAAAGAUUACUGUUAUCAAAGGAGUGAAAGAUUCUGAAUACAGAAUGGCAGAAGUCUUAUCUUCACGCGAUACUCCAGCUCAUGGAUUAGAAUACUACGUGCAUUACACAGAAUUCAAUAAGCGUUUAGAUGAGUGGGUUUCAAUCAAUCGACUCGAUUUUACCAGACCCAUUGAAUUUCCUGCAAAAAAGAAUCUAAAACUUGAUGGACCGAAAAAAGGAAGAGCAGGCACACCUUCAGGAGGAUCCAGGAAGGGUUUAAAAAGAAAAAACACAGCAAAUGAUCAAGAGCAGGAAGUGGAUAAAGUCGUAUUAGGCGACGAAGAAGAACAUGGCCAAACAGUUGAAAUGGACGAACAGGAUGCUGACGAGGAACCACAUACUUUUUCAAAAGAACAGGAAAUUGAGAAGCUAAGGACAUCUGGAUCUAUGACACAAAGUGUGCAAGAAAUUGCAAGAGUUAAGAAUUUAAACAAAAUCCAGAUGGGACGACAUGAAGUAGAAGCUUGGUAUUUUUCGCCAUAUCCUGUGGAAUAUGCCUAUUGCGAUACAUUGUACAUCUGCGAAUUCUGCUUAUGUUAUUAUGUAUCUCAUAAGCAAUUAGAAAGACAUCGAGCGAGGUGUCAACUGCAUCACCCACCAGGCAACGAGAUAUAUAGACAUGGCGAAAUUUCCUUUUUUGAGAUUGACGGUAGAAAGCAGAAAACCUAUUGUCGAAACUUGUGUCUGCUGUCAAAAUUAUUCUUGGAUCAUAAAACGCUAUACUAUGAUGUCGACCCCUUCUUGUUCUACUGUAUGACGGAAAGAGAUGACAAAGGCUAUCACUUGAUCGGUUAUUUCUCAAAAGAAAAAGAAUCCUCAGAAAACUAUAAUGUUGCGUGUAUUUUGACACUUCCUCAGUAUCAACGUCUCGGUUAUGGCAGAUUAUUGAUUGCAUUUUCAUAUGAGUUAUCCAAGGCAGAAGGUCGUACCGGGUCACCUGAAAAGCCACUAUCUGACUUGGGUCUGUUAUCUUACCGAGCAUAUUGGACAGAAACAAUAGUGGAAUUCUUAUUGCAUGCUUCAGAUGAAAUCACGAUUGAAGAAAUUUCCCAAAGGACUUCUAUUACAACGCAGGAUAUUUUACAUACGCUUCAGAAUAUUGGCGCUCUGAAAUACUACCGUGGCCAACAUAUCAUUUGUUUAGGAGACAAAGUAAUUGAACAAUGGGAACGAAACCAUGAAAAGAAGAUUCGCAACAAACGUAUCAUUGUUCCAGAGAAACUCAAUUGGAAGCCAAUUCAUUUUACACCAGCUCAAUUAAGAUUCCUAUAACUACAUCAGUUGUUGUCUUAACUUGAGCAUUUAAUACCCUAAUUUCCUUGAUAUUAUUC